AUGUCCUAGUGGUCCUCAGUCAACUCUCAGUUGUCCCACAUCAUCUUCUUGUCUCCUGGUGGUCAAACAUGCCCUGAUGGUCUCCAAGCAUCUCCUGAUGUUUCACAAUCAUCUCCUUGUGAUCCCCAGUCAUCCCCCAGUCUUCAGAUACAUCCUAGUGAUCCCCAGUCAUCUGCUAAUGACUCUGGUGGUCACCCAACAUUCCCUGCUCAUCUAUUAUAUCCAAGAAGUCCCUGGUGCUUCCCAAACAUCUCCUGGUCGCCCAACAUCCCCUGGUGGCCCCCACUCAAUUCCUGGAGUCCCCAGGCAUCCCCUGGGUGCCUCCACUAUCUCCCAUUGCCCACCAGUGCCCCCAGCCUGGUGUCCCAGCAGGAGUGGAGCGAGGAGCUGGCACAGCUGGCGGUAGCGCGGGUGGCAGGCUGCCUGGAGGGCCCCACUCCUCCCCCAGCCCCACAGCUGGGCUGGAGCGAGGCCUUGCUGCCGGUGGGUGCCGGGGGCUUCGUCGAGCUGCUGGAGCGCUGGUUCGCCGAGGGCCGACGCUAUGACUAUGGAGCGGCACGCUGUGCUGGUAAUGCCACCUGCCGCCAUUAUACCCAGCUGGUGUGGGCCACAGCAGGGCGGCUGGGCUGCGGCAGGCAGCUGUGUGCCGGGAGCCGGGGCCGCAGCCAGGCCUUUGCCUGCGCCUACUCACCUGGGGGGAACUGGGAACUGGAUGGAGCCCCCAUCGUCCCCUAUCAGCGUGGGCCCUGGUGCUCACUGUGCACCGCCAGCCUCUCCGGUUGCUUCAAGUCCUGGGACCACGGCGGUGGGCUCUGUGAGGUCCCCAGGAACCCGUGCCGCAUGAGCUGCAGGAACGGUGCACACCUCAACGUCAGCAGCUGUCAAUGUGCCUGUGCCCCCGGCUACACCGGGCGCUUCUGCCAAGUGCGGUGCAGCAUGCGGUGCCUCCAUGGGAAGUUCCGGCAGGAGGAGUGCUCCUGCCUCUGUGAUGCUGGCUAUGGCGGUGCUGAGUGCGGCACCAGGGUCCCAUUCCCCUUCCAUGCUUGUGAUGUGAGGAUCGAUGGUGACUGCUUCACCAUUUCUCCCGAGGCUGACACGUAUUAUGGGGCCAAAUCCAAGUGCCAGGAGAAAGGGGCUAUGCUGGCCCAGAUCAGGAACCAGAAGGUGCAGGAUAUCCUGGCCUUCUACCUCAGCCGCCUGGAAAGCAACAACAGGGUGAUAGACAUCGACUUCGACACCCAUAACUUCUGGAUUGGUCUCACCUACAAGACGUCCAAGGCUUCGUUCCGCUGGGACACGGGAGAGCCUUCUGCCUUCACCAGCUUUGCUUUUGGGCAGCCAGACAACCAGGGAUUUGGGAACUGUGUGGAGAUGCAGGCAGCAGCUGCUUUCAACUGGAACGACCAACGCUGCAAGACCCGAAACCGGUACAUCUGCCAGUUCGCCCAGGAGCACAUCUCCCGAUGGCAGCGGGACCCCUGAGCAGGUAUCUCCAUGCUGUGGGACAGAUGUGGCACUGGGACCUGCAGAGAAGGG